AUAAGAAAGAACAGAUAACAGCUCUAUGGAAUGUGGGUGAUACAUACAGGUUACUGGGUGAAUUGGACCAGGCAACAUCCCACUUCGACACAGCCUUACAGAUGGCACAACAGACAGGGGAUCAGCAUGGGCAGAUGCAGGUUUACUUUUACAUAGGAGACAUGCAGAAGGAACAAGUUCAAUCCCCACGAAUAUCCCUGAAAUAUUAUGAACAGGCUCUCGCACUUGGCAGGCAGUUGGGGGACAGGAAGGAAGAGGGAGUGGCUUACAACAGACUGGGAAUGGCCCAUUUCGACAUGGGGGAGCAUGAAAAAGCUCUAGAGUGGUUUCAGCAGCAUCUUCGAAUGAGCCAUGAUAGUGGAUACAAAUUAGAAGAGAUAACAGCGCACACCGGUGUUGGUAGGGCAUUCGGGGCACUAGGUAAGAUGGAAGAGGCAACAUCCCAUUUUGAUACAGCAUUAGAAAUUGCACAACAGACAGGGGAUUUAUAUAAAGAAGUAGAGGUUUAUUUCUCUAUGGGAGAGAUGCAGAGGGAACAACUCCACUCCCCACGUACAGCCAUCCAGUAUUAUAACCAGCAGCUCGCAUUAGCCAGGCAGUUGGGAGACCAACAUGAGGAGGCAGUCGCUUACAACAAACUGGGACUGGCCCAUUUUGAGAUGAGGGAAUAUGAGACAGCGUUGGAGUGGCAUCAGAAGACGCUAAAGACUUGCGAAGAACACGGAUACACAAAACAACAGACAGCGGCACAGACAUGUCUGGGUGACACACUUAGGAAAAUGGAUAAAGUGGACCAGGCAACAUCGGAGUACGACACAGCCUUACAGAUAGCACAGCAAACAGAGGACCGGCAUGGGCAAAUGAAAGUUUACUGUAACAUGGGUGACUUGCAGAUGGAACAACUCCACUCCCCACGUACAGCCAUCCAGUAUUAUGACCAGUACCUUACACUAGCCAGGCAGUUGGGGGACAGGAAGGAGGAGGGAGUGGCUUACUCAAGGAUGGGGCUGGCCCAUUAUGAGAUAGGCGAGUAUAAAACAGCUCUAGAAUGGUUCCAGCAGUGUCUUAGAAGGAGACAAGAAAGUGGAUACAAAAUAGGAGAUAUAACAGCACACACCGGUGUGGGCAAGGCAUACGGGGCAUUGGGUAAGGUGGAAGAGGCAACAUCCCACUUCGACACAGCCUUACAGAUGGCACAGCAGGUAGGGGACCAAAAUGGACAGAUGGAGGUUUACUACUGCAUGGGUGAGAUGCAGAGGAAACAGCUCCACUCCCCAAGUACAGCCAUCCAGUAUUAUGACCAGUACCUCACACUAGCCAGGCAGUUGGGGGACAGGCAUAAGGAGGGAGUGGCUUACAACAGACUGGGACUAGCCCAUUCUGAGUUGAGGAAAUAUGAGACAGCGUUAGAGUGGUAUCAGAAGGAGUUGAAGGCGAGCCAAGAAGGCGGAGACAAGAAGGAACAGAUAACAGCUCUAAGGAAUGUGGGUGAUGCAUACAGGUUACAUGGUAUACUGGACCAGGCAAAAUCACACUUCGACACAGCCUUACAGAUGGCGCAGCAGACAGGGGAUCAGCGUGGGCAGAUGAAUGUUUACUGUGCGAUGGGCGACUUGCAGAGGGACCAACUCCACUCCCCACGUACAGCUAUCGAGUAUUAUGAUCAGUACCUCGCACUAGCCAGGCAGUUGGGGGAAAGGCAUGAGGAGGGAGUGGCUUACAGCAGACUGGGGCAGGCCCAUUAUGAGAUGGGGGAAUAUGAGACAGCGUUGGAGUGGCAACAGAAGUACCUGAAGGCGAGCCAAGAAGGCGGAGACAAGAAGGACAGAUGGCAGCACUUGAGAAUGUGGGUGAAACAUAUAGGUAGCUGGGUAAACUGGACCAGGCAACAUCCCACUUUGACACAGCCUUACAGAUGGCACAGCAAACAGGGGAUCAGUAUAGACAGAUGA